UAUAUAUUCCCCUCAACUGUUUGCUGUGUCCACACACACACGACCAAAUUACGCAAUGAACCUCAUAAUUUUUUGUUUGCUGGUCCUUGGGAUAGAUUUUGCCUUGGGAGCCUGCCCCACCGUAGUCACACGAGCAGAGUGGGGAGCUGCCGCCCACAAGAACAGCUCCACCCUCACUAACCCCUUGCGUUACGCCUUCAUCCAUCACGGGGCGUCAGGUGAAUGUACUGACAGGGCUACCUGCUCAGCCAAGGUCAGGAGCUACCAGACCUUGCACAUGCAGGUCAAUAAGUGGGACGACAUCGGCUACAGCUAUGUUAUUGGUGGGGAUGGUGCUGUCUAUGAGGGGCGUGGCUGGGAUAAGGUCGGGGCCCACACCAAGGGCUACAACAGUGUGGGGUACGGCUUCUGUUUUAUCGGCAACUUUAUGAGCAAGCUCCCCACAGCCGCAGCUCUGCAGGCCGCUAAGGACAUGAUCGCAUGUGGCGUCACUCUGGGCAAGAUCCAGCCCAACUACACCCUCAGGGGGCACAGGGACAUGGUCAGCACUCAGUGUCCGGGCGAUACUCUCUACACGGAAAUAAAAACAUGGCCACAUUAUUAGAUGCCAACUCUACUUCCUCUAUUUAAGAUUAAAUUUUACAUUUCCGAAAGAUAAUACAAAUUUUAACACAGGGAUUUAAUUGUUAACAAUAUUAAAUAAAAGCUUGGAUUAUAAUUAUAA